AUGGAUAACAACAACUACAAAUACAGCCGCUACUUUGAUCCUACUAGCCAACCCCCCUCCACCCGCCAACAUAACUUGGGCCAACGCCACCAACCCCCUCCAUCAUCAUCAACAAAUAAUGCAACCGCUUUCUUUGCCAUGGACUCAAGCCCAGCCCUCGGCGCUGCUACCGCCGCUGUCGUUGUCGCCGCUUCGCUUUCCUCUCCAACUCCCGUCGUAUCCUCUGACUUUGCCUCAUCUCACCGAAGAUCACCAUCCCGCCCCCGUUCCCAGUCACAUUCAUCUCCAAAAAUGGCUGGUGCAGCUGGUGCAGCUGGUGCAGCUGGUGCAGCGCUUUCUGGACCUGGGACUCCAGGAUAUCUCCCACAUAUUCCUGCAAUCCGCGGGUUUGAUGACUCCACUACACGGGGUGAGUUUCAAAUCUCACUCGACUCGCCGUUGCCAUCUGCAGGACUUUCUGGAUCUGUAGCUGCAUCACCCCUAGCACCUCCACCACAUAUGCGACCUCAACAGCAGCAGCAGCAACAGCAGCAGCAGCAACAGGUCAAUGGAGCUAGUGGAGGAGCACAAAACGGCAUUGAACGCUACAGAGGCCGCGUCACUUCCAGUGGGAAAGUCAGUGGUAGCACUGGUCCCGAUGAGAUUAAUGGCACCAAGGUCCAUGUGGGCGCCAAUGGGUCUUCUUCAAUGGGCUCACAACCGGGAAUUGUUUCGAUGCGAGGGACUGCCAUUACAACAAGUACAGCAGUUACCCAGGGUAUUGACGGAAACAAAAAAGUGAUGGGGUUAUUGGGGAAUGGAAACGACACGAUUAAUGGUCUUGUAAAUGGGAAUGUGGACGGACUGGUGUCGCCGUUGCGAGCAACUAAAAUUUCAUCGCAUACUACAAUGGCAGCACCUAAGCUUGCACACUUGGAUUAUAAUGCAGGCAAACAUGUGUUUGAUGGAUUGAUUUCAACAAUUCCUGACCAGAGACGCAACAUUGUGGCAAAACGAGGUGAAGUUUUCACACUUAUGGUUGCUGGAGAAUCUGGACUUGGAAAAACAACCCUUGUCAAUACUCUUUUUGGAGACAAGUUUGAGGAUACGAGUAGCAUCUCUCAGCAUCAACCUCUUGACAGUAAUACCCCGAAAACAACCCGAAUUGAAGUGCGUGAGGCCAUUUACAUUGAAAAUGGAUUCCCCGUCAAGUUCACCGUCAUUGAUACACCUGGGUUUGGUGACUUUACCAACAAUACCCACUGUUGGGUGCCAAUCAUCAACUACAUUGACAACCAGCACAAGCUCUACAUGCUCCAAGAAGAGCAGCCAGACCGCCGUAAAAAAGUUGAUACCCGUGUCCACGUUUGCCUUUAUUUUAUUCGGCCAUCUGGAAAGGGGCUCUUGCCGCUAGACAUUAAAAUCAUGCAAGAGCUUAGCACACGCGUCAAUUUGAUCCCUGUGCUUGCAAAAGCUGAUUCGUUUACUCUCAAGGAUAGAGAUUUUUUCAAACAAUCUGUUCGUGAUACCAUUGCUUCGUCGGGGAUUGAGAUUUAUUGCCCCCAGGAUGUUACCCCUGAUAUGGACCCCGAUAUCCGCGACACUCCUUACGCAGUCAUUGCAUCAGAAACUAUUGUGGGCCACGAUAAUCAUGGACGACCUAUUCGAGCAAGACCUUACCGCUGGGGGAUUGCAGAGGUUGAAAAUGAGGACCACUGCGACUUUGUGAAGUUGCGCAGAGUGCUUAUGGAAAAGUAUAUGUUGGACUUGAUUGACUCGACAGUUGAAAAACAUUAUCAGCGGUAUCGCAAGAAUUGCAUGUUGCGGCGAAUUGAACACGCUAGAUCUGCUCUUGUAGAAGCAGGAAUAUCAGAAGCUGCACGCAUGAUUGAUUCUGAGGGUGGAUUACAAACUUUGGUGCAAAUCUCCAAGUAUGGCAAAGAGUUUUUGGAAGAUGGGCAGCUGGAAAAUGACCCCAUUUUCCGUGAACGCCAGCGCAAAAUGAAUGACAAGUUUGCUGUCAUUGUUGCGUUUCAUGAAGACCGGUUUGAAUCAUGGCGCAAUGAAUUGCGUAAGAAGCAAGACGAGCUCAACCAGGAUAUUGAAAAUACUUCAAAAUCACUUGAUGAUUUGCAAAAUGCAAUUGAAAUGCUGGAAGGCCAACGCGAUUACGAAACUGAUAGAGUCGACCGCGAGUCUCGUGGGGGAUUCAACAAGGUCCGCUACGGAAUGCGCAAGUAA